GUCAAUUUCCCUAACCCACCAAUCACAGACGGUUGCGUGCGUCAACACAGCGAAAGGGGGCGGUCUGUUGUCAACAUUUUUGCAGCGCUUCGCAGUGAAGCAGCUGAUAGAGCUACCAUGGCCUCUUCGGGGUUUCGGGGUGACGUUUCCCAGGUGCGUGGCGGCCGUGAUCCCGUCUUCUCUGAGGCCAUCAACCAGAAGAUGCGUGUCCCGGACCGGCUGAGAGUGGGGCCAGGCAUGGGACAGGGAGGGGAAGAGGCGAGGCAGGGGCGUGCUGAGCGUCCCGCUUCCUAUAGCAUGCACAUCCCAGACAGGCUGUCUCUCACAGAUGCCCCGGACAUGAGCCCCCGUCCAUUGUUCACACCAUCCAAGCACAACUCAGCCCUCCCCCUGGGACUUGCAUGGGAGGCACAGCAGCAAGGUGCCUGGGACAGAGACCCCUACAUGAGGGAACCAGUGCAGAGUCCCCUGCGGAGGUCCUACAGUGACCAGGCUUUUGGCAGGAGUGACCCUGACACCCCCACCUCCAAACAGGCACUGCACACCCCCACCUUUCGUGGCGGUGCAGGAUGCCCCCCUAAGCGCUCCGCUGCUGCUGCAAACCCCCUGCCCAUGCCCCUGGGGCUCCCUGCCAUCCCACCCAGCCACCUGUCCCCAACGACCAUGCUACAGGCCGCCAAGGAACUGGGCCAACAGGCCUCACAGCGCCUCCUGCAGACUGUCACACAGAAAUACAGGUUCAGUUAUCCUGAACAUCCAACGACUGCUGUGGUCGAGGCACCCCCUGUGUAUGUUGAACCAGCCAGGAAAAGUGCCAUGCAUGACUCCUGGAUGAGCCCAGAUGAUGAGGGAAGUGCCGCAGCUGUGGAGUUCAUCGUACUUAGGAGACAGGUAGUAAAGAUGAGUCGUCGUCUGGCGGGUCUGGAAAGGCAGAAUGCUGAAUGCAGACAGACUGAGCUGGUGCUGUUCUCCCUGCUCCUUUCUGCCUGCCUGCUCAACGGAUGGCUCUGGAUACGCAGAUAACAGACACACCGUCAUUCAAACAGCCCACUCAUCUGCACUACAACCCUCCAACCAGCUACUUUGCUCAACUCUGCAUUACACAUCCAGUCAGCUGGGUAUUGCAGUUUACUUAUUUAUAUACACAAGUUGGUGUGAGGUGCUCAGCAUCUAUUGUUUAAAAUGGCAUCUCUUCCCUCAUCUUUCUUUCAAGGCCAGGGGAGGAAAGGAAGCUGUUUGGACCACUUACGUAGGGACAGUUCAUCCAUUUUUACAUGUGGCCUUAUUUUCACUCUUUCUGUUCUUGUAGUUGAUUCCCAAAAUUUUAAUUGUUUUAUUUGUUUCCUUACAGAGAAAAUUGGUUGUCAUCACUUGCCAUUGACUAUAAUGCAAUAUCCAAAUAUGUCGAAAGCAUAUUGGAAAACACUCCACAUUACAUAAGAAUCCCAUUCUGAAUGUCUCUUUACUCAGUUUUUAAAAAGUCCACUGUGCCAUAAACCCAUGUUUGAAUGGUUCUGUUUACAACAACAAUAUGGAUUUAUUGGGACAGUGAAAUAAAUUAAAUAUUGAGCAGAAACAAUUUAGAAUGGAAUUUUGACGUGAUAUGAAAUUUAAAUUCUCUAAUAUAAUAUAUUUAAUAAACAAACUGUUUGGGGAUCAACUACAAGCACAGAAAGUGAAAAUAAGUAAUUUAAAUGUAAAAAUCAGGGAACUUCCCCUUUAAGUAGGACCUUAGGACUGAGGAUCGAAUGAGGGUGUUGAGAGUUUACUUGGAACUCUUCAGACCUAAAGAAGCCUAAAUUGUAAUCAGUUGCAGACAGUACAUAGGUAAUAAGGUUCUAAGACCUACACUAUAUUUACAAAAGUAUGUGGACACCCCUUCAAACUCUUUCAGCCACACCCGUUGCUGACAGGUGUAUAGAAUUGAACACACAGCCAUAUAAUCCCCAUAGACAGACGUAAAAAUCGUCAGUCCUCGGUUGCAACACUCACUACUGAGUUACAAACUGCCUCUGGAAGCAACGUCAACACAAUGAAAUGUGUUUCCAUGGCCAAGCAGCCACACAAGCCUAAGAUCACCAUGCACAA